AUUUUCGUUAAGCUCGUUUCGUGUAGUUCGUGUAUUUUUUUGCUAAAGAAAAGUUUAGUUUUCUACAGAGAAAAUCCCUUAAAUAAACUAAAAAAUUUUAACGAAUUCUAGCAAAUUAUUUAAAUAGCAUGUGUAAUUUAUUAAUAAAUUACAAAAAACCUUAAAAAAGUUGAAAGUUAAACCCAAAAAUUAUAAAAAGAAAUAAAGGCUUUACAACCGAAUACUAACGCCGCUCAACAAGCUCCCUCACCAAACUCCCUGCUGAUGACGUCACAAUAUUCUAAUAAAAUAAAUACAGCAGCAUUGAAACCCUCAGCAUCGACCACAGCAAUGCGUAUAAAUCCUACAUCAACCUAUCAACAGCUGCAUCAACAACAGCCACCAACAGCACCGCAACGUCAUCAUCCACAACAGCAACUUCAUAAUGCUUUACAAUCGCCUACAACAGCAGCACCACUGCAAACGGCCCCUGUUGUAAACUCUGCAGCCUCUCAUUUGCAGGGUGUUUUUAACAAUGGCAAUCAACAGCAAAAUUCUUGGCCAACACAGCAACCUGGUUACUUGCCAUCAACAAAAAUGAUGCAGCCAACGCCACCACCCCCAACAGUACCAGCUGUUGCAGCACAACAAACCGCAGCAGCAACAAACAGCUGGCCCCAGCAGCAACAACAGCAGCCGCCACAAGCACAGCAAAAUUAUCAAAAUGUCAACAUGUAUCAGCAGAAUACGGCCACACCACAGCAACAACAAUGGCCACAGAAUCCCCAACAAAUAGCGGCCACAGCAACAUAUGAUAAUUACUAUCAACAACAACCGCCACUACCACCACCACAAGCUAAUAACAAUAUGUUUCAGCAACAACAGCCAAUAGCGGCUGCGCCACAAAAUCCGGCAACAUUUUUCCAACAACAGCCCCCAGCAACACAAAAUCAAGCAAAUCCUGUAAAUUUCUUUGAUAAUACCAACAACAACAACCAACCAACGGGCACAGUUGAUGGUUGGGGUGAUUGGGAUUGGAAUGAUAACUCUAAUACAUCUGCGGGAGCACCUCCAGCACCAGUUGUAGAAUCAACUCAAAUUAAAGCUGAUUUACAGCCACCUGUUAAUCAGCCCCAGGCUAAUUAUAAUACAUCUAUAAUAGCCGAUAGUUUUAGUAGUCAAAACAACAAUAAUGACUCUUGGAAUUGGGAAGCUAAAGAAAAUGAGCAACACGUCAACAACAAUAUGCAGAAGGAACCACCAAAAUUAGAUAAUGUUACUCAACCACAAAACGAUAAUUGGAGUUGGAAUGCAAAUGCUAAUGACAGUGAAAAACUGCAACAGCAAGUUCCCGCACCCGGGCCAACUGCAAAUGAGCAACAUAAUGAUAACUGGAAUUGGCAGUCGACCAAUGAAAAUCAACAACAUGUUGCUAAUGCUGCUAAACCUGCUCCUCCGCCACCCACGGAAUUUGCUUCUUCCAACACUGCGGAAAAUCAUAAUUACAAUACGAAUGCGGCAGCCAAUAACAUUCCAAAUACAGUUUUUGUUACUCAGGCAAAACCUGUUACACUACCACCACGACAAUAUGCUUCUCCGCCUGGAGGCAAUACCCCGGUUUCGGAAAAUCCCCCCGAAACUGCUUUAAUGCCACCACAAGGAUUUCAAAAUAUAGAAGAAGUAGUUGCAAGCAGGCCUGCAGCUGUAGUAUCACCACCUUUACCUCCACCUAAUGUGGCUACACCACCCCUGACUAAUGUAGCACCACCAGCUGGUAUGCCUCCAGCUGCUAGCUCAGCUGGCAAUCCUUUUAAGCGUUCUGGUGUGGCUCAACAUCAUCGUGCCACUGGUUUACUGGCCACUGCUACUCCCCCUGCCGUUAUGCAGCAGCAGGCCACAUUCGUAGCUCCAGCUGUUUUCAAUAUGCCCCCACCACCCCCAGCAGAUUUUGCUAAUCCUGGCUCGGUAACUCUCCUGGAACCAGAUAAUAAUGAGCUUCCCUCUCAAGAGAAUCAAGAAGUUCUAACUCCCAACCUAACAUUGCCAAAUGCUGCAACACUUCCUACGGCCCCCAUAACAUUACCCAAUACCCCGGCAUCACAAUCUGUGCCCCCACCUAACGAUGAACGCAAUCAAUAUUUGCAAACCAGUCAUUUGUCGGAGAAUGCCGAGGAACAACAACCCGAAGCUGAUGGUUUAUUGCCACCUCCUGGUCUGUCGCGUUUAGUUUUGGGUGAACCUGAGCUAGAAGCCUCACAACAACGUAUGGUUAUGGGUACAGAAUCCAAUAAUACAGAUAAUGCUGUUACCCAGGCGGCUGCCAUGCAUUUGGAGGAACGUCAUGCUGAUGGUGAAGAUACAGCCUCGGAGAAUGCGAUGCCGGUUAUAAGUUCGGCAGGACAAGGAGCUGCACCCACUGCCUCCACACUCUCGUCUGAUCGCAAUUUGUAUUUGGUGCCCGGCGAAAGUAACCAUGAAACCAACAAUCAACCCCAAAGGGUUGUAACCGGUGUAGAAUUGGCAGAACAGCGUGAAAUUGAAAUGGACGGUGAAAAUCUAGAAGAUGAGCAAAUACAGCAGCAACAACAGCAACAGCAGCAACAUCAUCAGCUUCAACAACAUCACCACCAUCAACAAAAUCAACACCAGGUUUUAUCUCCCGAGGCUCGCAAUGAACCUCCUGUAGAGGGUGCCGAUGAUAAUGUAGCUGCUGCUCCUACCAUAAACGUAACUAACACAUCACAUCCAGCCGCCGAUCAUCAGCUAGAUCACCAACAUCCUCAUCAUCAUGCAACCAAUCAAUUGCCCAAAAUUAAAGACCCCAAUCCCAUCUCAUCACCCAACGAUGAUGAUGACAGUGAUGAACGUUUAUUAAACGAUCGUGGCAUGAAUCCAAGUACCGCGGGUUCCUCUAAGUCACGUGCAAAAUAUGAAAACGAACGUUUGGCAGCGGCAUCACGUCGUCGCGAUAAACGUUCUUCUACGGAACGUUAUGAGAGUGAUGAAUAUUUAAAUUCCGAAGGUGAGUAUUCAAGUGAACGCGAGGAGAGAGAACGUAGAGAACGCGAUCGUCGACGCAAUUACCGUGAGGGUAGUGUACGCAGUGAACGUGGUGUUAAUGAUGAAGAUGAAAAACGCUCUAGACGUCAGCGUGCUACUAAUAAGCGUGAUAAAUACUAUUAUGAGGGUGAGGAACGUAGCAGAGGAGGAGGAGGUCGUGAGGAACGUGAACGUGAAAGAGUCGCAGAACGUUCGAAAGCCGAAAGACGUUCUAUACGUCAACGUGGCUAUGAAGCAGACUCACGCUAUGAAACUGAGGAAUCCACACGUUUCGAUAGUCGCAAAGAUCCCAACAGACGUAGCCUGAGACGUGGUGAUCGCAGUGAUCAGGGUGCUGACUAUGAUGACUACAAUCGUAGAGCCGCUUAUCGUUCUUCCAAAAGACCCCCUGACAAUUAUGAAUCCGAUAGAAGAGAUCGCAGACGUAGCGAUAAACAUCGUGAGCCACGUUAUCGCGAAGAUCCUCGUUAUGAUCCUCGUGAAUAUGAAGACUAUCGUAAGCAUAGUUCACGCAAUGCUAGAGAAAGUGAUAUGGAAAAAGAGGGUGCCGCUGCAUCACGUUCCGGCCGCAUGCAUCAUGAUCCUAGACAUGCUGCCAUGUACGGUUAUCCUUCGGGGGGUUACUAUGAUCCCUAUACUGCCUAUUAUUAUCAACAAAUGGCUAGAACCAAUCCUCAGGCUUAUGCUGAAUGGUAUAAAAAAUAUUAUGGCCAAGCAGCUGCUGGUGGGGCACCAGGUGUUAGUUUACCGGGAGCUAACUCGGCUGGUCAUGCGGAUAACUCUUUGCCGGCCACUGGCAAUGAUGGUCGUGAAUCAGUUCACUCGGGCCGCAGUUCGGCUCAUAAUGAUGUUAAAGAUCGGUAUACACAUGCCUACAUAACACAAGCCAAUGAUUAUCAUCGUCAUUAUCAACAUCAACAACAACAGCAACAGCAUCUUCAUCAGCAACAUCUCCAUCAACAUCAACAACAACAGCAACAACAAAUGGCCUUCAAUCAAAGUUUAAAUUCGACCAUGUUGGAUGAUGAUCCUUUGACUCAUAAUACUAGUUUAUAUAGUGGCUUGGGUGUUGGCCUCUCAUCGGCCCGUUCAAAUUCCAAUCUUUCUCAAAUCCAUGGCGGUUAUUAUAUGCCUGCAACGGCCUCUACAGCAGCUGGUGUUUAUUAUGCACGUUCUGAUUAUGCGGAAUCAAGAUCUGGAGCCUUGUCUUUGCGUGAUGCAGAUCCCAUCAUAGCCCAGGAAGCACAGCGUUUGACACCCUGUAAAUUUAUAACCGAACAUACGGUGGUGAAUUUCGCUUCGGGUAUUUUGGUUACCGUUAAGCCAAAAUACACACCCAAUGGCAGUAUCAGUAAUGUGGUGAAAUUGCUGAAAUUCAAGCCCAAUGAUGAGACACGUAAAUUGUUUAAAUUCUUCCCGGGCCCCUUGGUCAGGGGUUUGACUCAUAAGAAAACGGUUAUAGAGUUUUGUCAUGAACAAAUACGUUUGGGUCCCAUGGAAACCACCAUCUAUGCUAAACAAUUGAUUAGUAACAAUGCGGAAAAGUAUCGCAGUUCCUAUUCGUUAAUGUGGAAUUUAUUGAUAUUGUUGUUGAAACAAAAUGGGAUGGUGGUGGGCACUGAUAUAGCGGAAUUAUUGUUGAAAAAUCAACAACAAUAUCCUUAUCAAACUCCUAAUUCUACAAACAACAAUUCUAUGAAAUCUAAAUCAGGCUCUGCCUCGCCUGAGCAGGAAUUGGAUUUAAAUAAAGAUUUAGAAUUGGAUGCUGUUGCAAAAGCCGAGAAUCUGGAGCAGGAAUCUUUAGCGGAAAUUAAGGAUUUAGAACUAGAGCAGGAAGAUACGGCUGAAGACAAUUCUUUGGCCAAAUCCACUACCAACUCUGUUUCUUUAACAGAAGAUGAAAUAACUGAGAAAUUUAGAAACUAUUUGCUGUAUGGCAAUGUUAAUGAGGCCUUAGAAUGGGCUACCGAUAAUAAUUUAUGGGGCCAUGCUUUAUUUUUGGCCUCCAAACUAGAUCGUCGUUCUCAUGCCAAUGUCAUGAUGAAAUUUGCCAAUAAAUUGUCUUUGAAUGAUCCUCUGCAGACUUUGUAUCAAUUGAUGAGUGGCCGCACACCCUCAAGUGUUACCUGUGUGCAGGAUGAAAAAUGGGGCGACUGGCGUCCUCAUUUGUCCAUGAUUUUGUCGAAUACUUCACAAAAACCAGAAUUAGAUCGUAAAGCUAUUACCACGUUAGGGGACUCUCUAUUCAAUCGUGGUGAUUUGUAUGCGGCUCAUUUUUGUUAUCUAAUGGCUCAAGUGGGUUUCGGACGUUAUCAGGAAACAGCUACACAGGAAUCCUCGCUGCAGCAGCAUUUGCCUAGAUUGGUUUUAUUAGGCUCUUCACACUACAAACAGUUCCAAGAUUUUGGCCAUAAUGAGGCCAUUAUUAUGACUGAGAUAUAUGAAUAUGCUUGCUCCCUAAAUGAUGAUAAAUUUUCCAUAGUGGAAUUCCAGCCUUAUAAAUUCCUGUUGGCUACUCGUUUGUUGGACUAUGGCUUCCAUUUGAAAAGCUUAAUGUAUUUGGAGCAAAUUGCUGUGCACAUUGCCAGAGAUCCCAGUAAAUAUGAAAGCAGUUUUAUUAAUAAGGUCUAUGACAUGGCUGAUCGUUUAAAAUACUACGAUCCUGUGCUGGAGAAAACCAUCGAUGACCAGCAGCCCGGCUCUGAUGACAAUAAUGGUUUGAAUUUAACACCCCAACAAAUGGAGGAACAAAAAUGGUUACAAAAUCUUAGGCAAUUGGCUCAACAAUAUAAAAAUGAUUACAAUAAUAUGGCCCAGGCAAUAGCACCUGCAGUAUUGCAGGAAGCACCACAACAACAGCCUUCCAAUCAAGAUGCCACUUAUUACAAUCAACAGCAACAACAAAUAGAUCAACAAUUUAUGGAAAUCAAUAAACAAUUUAGUGAAUUAAAUUUACAAUAUCAACAAACAGCCACGGGGACAACAGCUGAACAACCCCAACCACAACAACAGCCCAUGUUUUAUAAUCCCGAACAGCAAACACAAUUGGGGGAGCAGCCAGCAUUAGAUAGCUAUCAGCAGCAAACUGCAGUGCAACCAGAAAUAACAAAACAAAAUGCUAAUGAUUUGUCACAGCAACAGGAUGUUACAGCAUUGGGUGAACCACCAAUACAGGAAUCGUAUCAGCCACAAACACAAUAUAUGCAACCAACUGAGGUAGCACAGCAGCAGCCAGCAGGUUAUGCUAAUAAUUAUUAUGAUCCUGUUCAGUAUAAUACAGUAGAUGCAGGGGUUAAUAAUUUAGAUGGGCAACAGGCAAAUGCUUAUGAUUAUUGGGGCCAACAGCAGCAACAACAGCCAACACAUAUGGCUCAUACAACAGAAGAGCCUGAGCCAAGUGCCAGUAACUCAAAAGACCUGUUAAUGUUGAAGAAAUCGAAUAAACAAACGACAACAUUAAAGGCCAAUACAAAUAAUACCACAACUACUACUACUACUGCUUUAAUGGCUGCUGGAGCUAAAGCUACCUCCUUAGCCUUGCAUAGUAAAAAAUCCCCACAGAAAACGAAAACCAACAUUUCCUCCUACACCAACACCAACAAUAAUACUAAACUCUCAGCAGUGGAUAAAUUAAAACCUACUACGACUUCUAGUCCACCAACGAAAUCAUCAAUAACUGCUAAGAAAUCCUUAGAUUUAGUACAAAUCCCGACAGCAUUUAAUAAACUAGCUAAUAAUUCAGAACACUUGGUCUCCAAUAAUCCCUCUGCUCCUCCAACACCAUUUUCUAUAAAUAAUAAUGCACGACCAACGAUAUCGAUGCCGAAAUCGAAAACUUACGAUACGGAAGAAGACAACAAACUGCAACAAGCAGGCAAUGAGGCCAACAAAAAACAACAGCAGCAGCAACAACAAAAGGGUGCUAAAAAGGAAGACAGAGACCUCAAUAAAAGCCUACAACAAUCAAAUCAAAAUUCUGGCUGGUUUGGUGGCAUAUGGAAUAAAUUUACUCUGAAACCUAAAAAUCAAAUGAUUUUACCGGAUGAUAAAAAUCCCUCAAUUGUUUGGGAUCCUGAGAAAAAGAAAUGGGUUAAUACCGAUGGCGAGGAAGAUCCCCAAGAAGCUUUAAAGCCUCCACCCAAAAUGAGUGAUUUAAUGCCACAAUCAAUGCAGCAGCAACCACCACAAAUGCCACCUCAGCAGCAGCAACCACAACAACAACAGCCUCAAAUACCUUUUAUGGAUCCCCAACAAAUGCAGCAGCAACAGCAGCCACAAUUACAACAAUAUGUGCCUAACACAAUACCCAAUCCAGCGCCAUCACCAAAUCCCUUGCAGCAGCAACCACAAAUCCAAACCCCUAGCCAACCUCAGGCUCCGGGUCCAGCCAAAACGCCAACGCUGCAGUCCAACAUGUUUAAAAUGCAAAGAAAUCGAACUUUGAAAAACGCCUAUGUUGAUGUUUUCAAUCCUUCUGGUGCUCCCGUGAAUAAGGCUGCUGAAAAUAUUUUAGCACCUGCCUUACCUCCCGCCGCAGUGCCCCAAGGUGGCUUCUUUAUACCGGGUGCACAGCCAGGAGCUGGUGCCAGCAGUCAGGAACAACAGUAUCAGCAGCAGCAACAACCCCAACAACAAGAUACACCUCAAUUCUACAAUCCUAAUCAAUUUACCAGCGGUACUGGUUAUUAAAAUGUUUAAUGUGGCAAAUGAAAUUAAAUUAAUUUCAUUCUUUAUACAUUUUGUUAAAAAAAAGAAA